AUGUCAGAGACGCUCCUAUCAGGUCAGACGUCGGAGGAUCUAUUGGUAGACUUUGAGUCUCUUCUGAAUGCUGGGAGUAUUGACCUGUUAGAAGACCACCAGAUAGUCAUCAUUUCCACCCCCAGCAAUGUGGGCUUCAACUCGGCAGUCCCCAGCAACACUGGGGAGGUCCUUCUGUUCGCCACCCCCCAAGGCCCUGCAGAUGUGGUCCAGGACCAGCGACGGCCAACUCUGGGACGACCUCCGGUAGUUAACUAUUUUGAUAUAGGUGUUCGCCGGAGUGUGACUAGGAUGAGGUUAUCCCUGUACAAUGACUACAGAAAGUGUGUCUGUGUGAGAAAUAAGUAUAUGUGUGCAUCCAUACUAACCUUUUACCUUGUGUUUCAGGUGAAGAGGAAGCUGGACUUGGACAGUGAUCACCAAUAUGUGAGCACCUCUCGCCCCCCUUCUCUUGGGAGAGCCCCAACGUCCACACCAGCACCUCCUAGAGGUACAAGACCCCCUGUUUUACAUUCACAAUUCAAAUAUAACUAUUCAUUUUAAUUAAAUUGUAACUAUUAUCAUUUUGGCCAAAGGUAAUAAAUACAAGUAUUUUCAUUCCUGUCUCCCUCUCUCUCUCAGUUCCAAAGCUUUCGACAGAGAAGUGUCGCUAUGACACGUCUCUGAACCUGACCACCAAGCGCUUCUUGGACCUUCUAGCCCAGUCUCCUGAUGGGGUGGUGGACCUCAACUGGGCCUCGCAGGUCCUGGAAGUGCAGAAGAGGCGCAUCUAUGACAUCACCAAUGUCCUAGAGGGUAUCCAGCUCAUCUCCAAGAAAUCAAAGAACAACAUACAAUGGCUGUAAGUCUGAACUCUUAUACUGUACAUGCAGUAUGACAAUAUCAAAAGUGUGUUCUGGCCUUUCUGGCUUACAAUCCUUAUUGUGCUGGCCUCUACAUAUAUGAGUGAAUGCAUACAUCAGUGAUUCCACAGGAUAUUUGUAUUAGAAACACUUCUUUCCAUUAUCCUAACUAUGAGGUCAUUCUGUUUGUCACAGGGGGAACCACAUUGAUGGAGCGUCUGUUUCCCGUUACCAGGACCUACAGAAAGAGGUCUCUGAUUUGACACAGGCGGAGGAGAAACUGGAUGAGCUCAUUACCAAGUGUAACCUCCAGCUGAGACUCCUCACUGAGGAUACCCAGAACAAGAAAUAUCCUCUUGUCUUGUCUCUCUGUUUGUGUGUGUGUGCUUUUUGUAUCUACUGUAUGUGUUUGAAUAUGCAUUUAUAGGGCAGUGUUUUUUCUUUAACAUAAUGGCACGCUGGGUUAUGUGAUGUGCCAGGAUCUGCGGAAGUCUUUUGACUCUCCUGACCAGCUGGUGAUGGUCAUCAGAGCCCCUCCAGAGACCGAGAUGCAAGUCUCAGAGCCCUGUGAGGUAUGUGGGAGGGUAAAAUAACAAUGGACGCUUGCUCAAUACAAUUUUCUGGACCAAAUACUGUAUUCCAGCUAAUGUGGUUUACACUCCAACUCCAACUAUUGAUUUGUGUCCUUUGUUUCAAUAAAUUAUUCCUUUCAUCUUCUGGCAGGGCUAUCAGGUCUCCCUGAAGAGCACUCAGGGUCCCAUCGACGUCUUCCUGUGUCCAGAGGACAGUUCUGGUGUCUGCAGCCCAGUGACAGGCAUCAGCCCCUCUAAAGCCACAGACCAGACAAUGCCCCAGCCUGCAGAACAACCACAGUGCAGCUCCACACAGGAAAUUACAUCAGCAGCUGUGUCCCAACAGAACUCCUCCUCUCUGCCAUUAUGUCGUGAAGCGGGUAAGCUGCUCUCACUAGUGUCACACUGUCACCCUGAGGUUCAGGAAUGUCUGAGAUUUCUCCAAGAAAUCCAUGAACACUCCUCAAUGGCUAUUUGCUGUGGUCACUAAAAGUGCGUUCCCUUUCUUUCUGUCUCUUUCAGAAGCAUUCCUGGAAGGCGACCCAUUCCCCAACCUGGGAGUGCUGCCGGACUUUGACCUUUCACCCCUGCCAUCCUCUGACUUCCUCAGUGGGGAGUGCUUUGGGAACCCACUGGAUGGCUUCAUCAACCUGUCCCCUCCACAGAACCAAGACUACCACUUUGGCCUAGAGGAGCACGAGGGCAUCAGCGAACUGUUUGACUGUGACUUUGGGGACCUGACCCCACUGGAGUUCUGA